AGAGCAGCUGUUUGUAUGGUUGAAAAGCCAGUUGUUGCCAGCUGAAGUCAGGCAGUGGAGAGGUUUCACGCGUGUGAGAGCUUGGAAGAAAAUUCACGGAAAAUCCAACCAGGAGAAAGAGAGCGAGCGCGAGUAGUAGCAGCAGGGGUGGCCUCCUGUAGAAGGAAAAGUUUCAGAACACACUACCGUGUUGAGCGACUCUUGGCGGAUGGCAUAACAUCGGCAUCCAAUUAAAAAUUGUGUUGCGCGGAGGAAAAUUGUUCAAUGGCUAUCAGUUGGCAUUUAUUGGCGAAAUAAUUGAACUUCCUUCUACUAAAAGUGACAAGACAAAGUGCAAUUUUCCGGUUUCGCGAAAGAGGACGGGUGUGAGUGUGUGUUUCGGGUAGAUAGAUAGUUCCAGCAAUUUUCUUAGUUAUAGGCGUGUAAAGAAUAUUUUGCGCAAGAAUUUCCUCGGUCCGUCGGUCGGUGUGGCGUAGUAUCGGGGAUUUCAUAUGCGGAUUCUGUGAAAAACAGGGCGACAUACAUUUUCGCAAGGAUUCUCAUCGUCUGUUGCCAUUUUGCUUUGCGGUCACAUUGGAUAGUGCAAAGACGCAAAGAGGAUAUACAUAGAAAGCUAAUCAUGUCAGGAAAAAAAUGACUGGGAAGCAGUGAUUCACCCAGGAUAUAUUUGAUUGUGUAAUUAGAAGGCCUCUGGUUGGGAUUAUUACGUGGUCACUAAGUGACGAAGAAAAACAACCGGUCGGGAAAGUGAAAGGAGAAACAAGCUUGAAAUAAAGUGCUUUUAGUUUGGUGCCUAGCAAGGACGAGUUCCAAAACGGAGGAGUAAUUAUCUGCAGGAUAAAAAUCGGUAAUUGACGUCGCCCGGAAGGACACACACAUCCGUGCAGACGAAUAAGUACGUAAGACUGGUUCCACACGGUCCGCCCCGCCAAAUGACGUCACCGAAAAAUUGCAUCACCACCGCGAGCAUUGUCACCGGUGCCACCGCCGCCGCCACCGCAGCCACCAGCAGUACUUCCAGUACGAGCCAAAUCCCGUCCGCCCUAACCGUUUCGAACCGUAUUCUGCGGUCGCCUUCGCACGAGAGCUUUUCCACGGAUCUGUCGCUCAUUUCAAUUUCCGUCUCGUCGAUGGCAUCCGAAGCGACCAGCGUGCUGAACCGUUCCAGCUGCAGUUUGCUGACCAAAACGAUGGAGGACAAACUGCUGCUGAAGGAUGCCAGGAAAAAUCGAUCGUCAACGCUCACGGAAAAGUGGAGUGAAAGCAAUGAUCUUAUACGCAACUGUGCCACCCUUUCGGCUGCCCUCGGCAUUCACAAGAGCUUCAGCACAACCGACAUCUACCAGCUGCCGUCCGAUCAGAACAAUCUUGGAGGACGGCUAUCGACUUCAGAGCUAGCGUUGACUCCGUUCCAAAAAGCCGGUUACCUGUUCGAACACCCUCGUCUAGACCACACGUCCCGUUCGUACUCGACCUGGGUAGCGGUAGGGGAACUUGCUUCCACAUCACAACUGCCUUCGCCCCACGGUGGACAAUCCUCCAAUCAGGUCCCCACGAUCUGCAAUUCCACUCCAACGCCAAGUUUUACCGUGUCCGAUCUGAUCAGCUCGGUAAACAAGAAAAUACGCCAAAACUACAUCCAACGGCGGCUGUACAAUACUUAUCGUGCAAUCGAAAGACUUUCCCAAAGUGAGUUCAAUCUGGACCGCUUGGAAGCGGCCGCCUUUGCUGCGAACAACUUCAGUAAUCCGGGUCCAACAGAACUGGUGGUGCCUACGACGCACGCUUCCGCAUCACCGGUCGGUGGAAAAUCUGUAAAUUUGGACUCUAGUCCAUUGGCCACGGGUUCGGCUAGUCCGUCUGCUACCCCAAUGGUGACAUCGAUGCAGUCGAAGAAAUCCUCCAGUAAGUCAAACGCCAAGAAGAACCUAACGUUUUUGGACAUCGAAAGCGAACGGGGCAAACCGCUGUCCAAGUACGAGCGCCACAUGCUCAUCUUCAACUGGCUUCACACAAUCGACGACGCGCCGAUAGAGAUUGACAAUUGAUUGGGCUAGACAGGGGAUGAUUCCAAGCUAGUGUAUGAAUCGAAUUGCGAGUGAGUGUUUUUUUGUACACAGACACACAGGGACGAACUGGGCGUUUAACGGAAAAUUCUCGAUGUUCAACUUCUUUAUUGUUAUCCGUGACUUACAUAAAAUUGUGAAACCAAAAAUAAACAAAGAAAAGUAUUUGAAGAACGCAUAUACGUAGGUUAUAAUGAAACAGUUGUAAUAAGAUUGAAGCAACCAAACAGUCAACAACCAAAAAGAGAAACCAAUGAAUGAAGAAAAUUGUAAAGUUUUCGACCUAUCGCGGCUUAAAUUUGAUUCAGCUGGAUAGUUUAUACUUAUUUUGUAGGUUAGCUCUAAUACUCAAAAUGUUUGAAUAGUCUGGAACUUUGGAGCAUGGAAAAUAUUUGCCGGCUAUUCCAGGCGAAUAACACUGAAUUAGCAGUAUUCGUACGUAUUUGUAUUAUAAUUUUCUGUGAUAUGUUGCGGGGCUGUAGAAGAGUUGCUAUGCGAAGUAGCAGUAUGGGAAGAAACCAUACUAAAACCGGAUCAGUUCAUACAUUCGGUACAUAGUCAAUAAUCUUAAUGAUCUUUCGGAUAUGGACAUUUGGCAUAGUGUUUCUUGUUCGCAUUUUGCGUGAGGAAAUCUUAAUACUCGUUAUGAAUUUCGUAAUAAGCGCAUAGCAAAGGCUGUAUGAUGUAAAAACGAGGUUCUUAGAUUGAGAACUGAGACGCGAAAUUAUGGGACCGAUCUAGGAAAUUUCAUGAUUUGGUCUGAGAAACUUCAAGUGUACUUCGAUUAUAUAUCCAGAGAUUAGGCCUACCAUGAAAAUUCCAAAACUUCAUAUAGAACAUGCCAGUUAUGUGCUCCCCUAAUUCGCUAUACGGCCUAACUCAUGUUGAAAACAAGUUUUUCCAGAUUUUUAAACGUAGGUAGGUGAGAUUAACUUCAUGUGGACUAGCGCCAUAACGCCACAUAACUGUUACAAGUCUCCAUAAUAAGAGAAAACUUUGUCACUGAUGAUAUUCAAGAAGUACAUUUCACAACUUCGUGGAAACACAAACUUCCUGAUACUUUCACGUUGGAAAAUUCCCUGAGAAGUUCAGGGGUUCUAGGCACUUCCAGAAUUGUAAAUAUAGUAUACAAUCUGAAGUUACAUAACCAAUUCCAAUCCUCAUAGUACUAUUAUGUCCAAUGUACGUAUACGAAACAGUUUGUUUUUUUUAACAAAGAAAAUCAAAUCAAACCAAAUCAAAUCAACAGUUGUUAUGCUACAUGGCCUGCUUUCCUAUCCGGGUACAUGUCAAUGGAUGCAUAUCAGUUCCAUUAAAUUUAUAUUUUGACAAUUUUUUAAUUUUUGUUUUGCUUAACAACAUUAGUAAUAUGCAUUUAAAAUUAAUUUAUUCUUCAAAUAAGAUUGACCUAAAAAAAAAUUAAAAAAUAUCGAUUGAUUUAUCUGACAUCGGAAAAAAACAAUUGUCUGCGUUUUGCAGCAUGUAACAGACAGGCUCCUAAGGGCAGAGUAAUUCAGAGUUAAAAGAAUUUUAUUUGUAAAUUAAUUAGAUUCGUUACUGAUUUAUCUGAAACUCCUUUCGGCGAACUUCCAUCCAGUUUGAUAUGUUUGAUAUCACUGUUAUAAAACAUAAACGUACAAACACUAAACUCUCCAAGUUUAGGCAAGUUACCGAAUCUAACAACCACAGCUGCAAAGAACCCUUUAAAUUCUACUUAACUAGUGACUGUUUCAAAACUAAAAUCCUAUAGACUAAAGCCAGUAAAAUCUUAACCAAAGCUAUACAAGAUAACGGAAUAGACAAUGCGAGCAGCUAAAUUUAAACGAUAAAAGACAAGAACUAAUUGAAAUAUAUGUUUUUAGGAUAAUUUUAUGGCUUACCAUAAAGAUGGAGAAUUAACAAGCAAACAAAAAAAAAAGUUCAAUGAAGGAUGCAAGCAGGAUAUUAGUAUUUUUAUCACUAUCACUAUCUUAACUCUCCGAUUGUCGUUAAAAGAAAGGACGUGUUGAGUUACAACACCAGAGGCAGACACGACGCGUCUGAAUUUAAUAUGCGAGUAAAUAAGAAAACCAGUUAUUAUGAUUGAAUGUCACCAUUCUGCCAACAUCCUUAGAUGACUGAGGUUAGGCAACAGUGGAGAGAGUCCCAUCACCACGAGGAUUCCACCUACGCCACCCACUAACCCGGCUGUCGCUGAUGGUAUGAUUUGUCAAACUCAUUCCGGGGCACGAACCAUACAUAUGCAAUGCAUGUGCUGCUUAUUGUGAGAAAGAGUUGACAAUUUAUGCCAACGGCGUGUGCAACGAUAUGAGCUAGACUGAUUCUGACAAGAUGUUUUCCGAAAUUGUGCAUUCCUAACUUUAAAUUCCUUUGCUUAGAAGCCUUGCAUUAUGUGAUACGAUGUCCCAAUUUUACAAGGAACAAUUUAUUUAAAUCCUCCAUGCUUAGAACCAGCCUAAUCCAUGUAGUCUGCGGUUCGUCCGCUUUAUCUUGUUGAAAGGAAAAGCUUCCCACAUUAUACGUAACAACAAAUGCGGCGCAUUAAUAAUGAUAAGCGACGAUAUGACGAUAGUGACGACGUCCUUGGUCGGGAGAAAGAGAAGCAUUGGAAAAUAGGUCACGACGGUGGAAAAGCACAAACAUCAACUGAAAUGCAGUGACACAGGACGACGACGACGACAACGAAGCGACGAUGCGGGACAGAUUAUUUUCGAUUGGAUGCGUCGAUGAACAGCGGUCCGCAUUAUAAUGAUAACCGAGAUGGGAGUCUGUCUGCUGACGUGAUGUAACUCCAGAGUAGUGUGUAGCAAACAAGCAGUUUUUUGAGCGGAAAAAUGCAGAAUGUGAAAUAUCCUGAAGCAAAAAUAAAAUCUAUAAAUAAUAUCCUAUUAAAUACGAUGGUGAACAAUGACAGAAAAAGGUC